UAUCUGUGUGCUCUCAGUCUUUUAGGGUAGAAAGAAAGAAGAGGAAAUAUGUCUGGCCCGCCACCACCGCCCCCUCCUGGCCCUCCUCCAACCUUUGCACUGGCAAACACAGAGAAGCCAAAUCUGAGCAGAUCUGAGCAUCAAGGAAGAAACGCUUUACUGUCAGAUAUCAGCAAAGGAGCUCGACUGAAGAAAGCCGUCACCAAUGAUCGGAGUUCCCCAGUGCUGGACAGUGAGUUCACCUUGUUUUCUGCAAUAUAUUUUAACUUUUCUUCAUGUUCUUUGUUUUAUGAUGACACUAAAGCAGUAAGACCACCGAUGCCUCCUACAACGGGGAGAUUCCCAGCACCCAGCAGCCCAGCAGGAAGCAGACCCCCGCUCCCAACCGCCAGACGACCUUCUCCUGGGAGGGCCGGACCCCUACCGCCCUCGUUUCGCUCACCCCAGCACAGCUCUCCCAGCGGCCCACCGCUUCUACCUGGAGGCCAACCGUCAAGUUCCUCAUCUUCUGUUCCACCCCCCAGCCAGCCGGGCAGACGUCCAAGCCUUCCUCCACCACCGAGAGAGUCCCAGUCUUCCUUCCCUCCACACCCAAUGCCCGCAAGUGCCCGGCCGCCUUUACCCACAAUCCCAAGCAGGCCCUCAGAUGACUUCCCUCCCCCUCCACCACCCACUGGAGGAAGAAGAGUGUCAUUUUCUCGAGAUGGACCACUACCACCACCGCCGCCAGCAACUGAGAGUAAACCAUUGAGUUCUCAGAGGCCUAUGGGUAAUCCGCCUCCAUCCUUACCUCCAGCAAGAGGAGGGGCCCCACCCAUCCCACCAUCCCCACGGGACGACCCCUACACAAGAGGCCCUCCUAGAAACAGCCUUCCUCCUCCACCACCUCCUGGACGCUCCAGCCCACUGCCGCCACCACCCAACGAGAGGCCGUCUCCAUCGGGAAGAAGAUCAUCCAUACGGUCAGGUCCUCUACCACCUCCACCCACUGGAGGAGGAGGCAGAGGAGUGUCUCCCCCCGUGCCUCCUCCUAAUCGUCCCGGUGGAUCAGGCAGACCCCCUCUACCCUCAGACCCUCCCAGAGUGCCCAGCUUCCCUCCACCACCCCCCGACACCAUCAAUGGCUACCAGUGCCCUCCACCAUCUGCUACAGAUGAGUGGGGGAUGAGGUUUUCCUUCCAUCCUCUGUCUGAAUUACCUCCACCAGAGCCGUACGUGUCCUUCUCCAAGUCUUACCCCAGCAAAGCUGGCGGCAAAGGAAUGAGAGACAGAGGAGCGCCACCCUUGCCACCAAUUCCCAGAUGAAAUGCUUUGACAUUAUAAUGUGAGCUGGAUUUUCAUCUGCUGAAUGAGACUCAGGAACUCGUUUGUGAAAAUAUGAAUGUUUUUAGCUUCUCAGUGACAUUUUUUAAAAUCACUUUUUCAUGCAUUUUAAUCCUUUGGGGGUAAUUUUAUAUCAUGGUACAAAUGUAUGUCCAGAUAUGGCGAUUAAAGUUCAUUCUGUCAUCAUUUGAGAAAGUUUGUUUUAAUCAUUUAUAGCAUCAUGUUAUUCUGCACAUUUCCCUAAUUACAAAAAUAUCGAAAUAUUAUAUUUCGAUUUAUUAAUGUCACAGACACAUGUAGGUA